AUGCCAGCGCUCGUGCACAAGUGCGCCUGCGGACGCGUGCUGGCUGCUCCAGCGCCCCGCGCCGCUGUUCUCCGGGCAAGCAGAUCGCUAGUGAUCGCAAAUGCGACCACGGACACCGGGGUCGAGAUCCCAGGGUCGAAGAGAGAGACGCUUCAACAGGUGAGCGUGAGUCUGACACGGCAACUCGUGGGCAAGAACAAGGCGUCGGGCAAGGCGGGAGCAGGGAGGAAGGCCAGCAGGGGCAAGAAGAAGGCAGGCAAGGCCGCGGGGGGGAGGGCCAAGGGGUUCACGAACGUCAGCACGAAGAAGCUGGUCGUCGAGAUCCCGGGACGCGAUGUCUCGGCGGAGGGCAACGCGAAGCUCGCCUGCGACAUGCUCGAGGCACUCCCCGAGGGCGCCGCGCCGGACGUGUCCCUCGUGUGCUGCGGCGGCGAGGUCUCCGAGCCCUUCAUGGCCGGUCUCGUCGAGCGCCUCCCCGACCUCGAGGUUCUGUCGCUCACAGAGGCCAUGGAAGAACCUCCCGCCGGCGACGUGCUCGUGCUGUCGGCGCCGUCCGUGGGCGACCUGCGCGGUAUCGAGGAGGUGCUCGGCCGGUUCCGCGGCGCCGCGGUGGUGGCGCUGAACCCGGAGUGGACCUACGACGUGCCUGCGGAGUACCGUGCCAUGGUGCGGUCGUUCAAGGUGCUGUAUGCGUUCGCGCCGCUCGCGAUCCAGGGCUUCCUCGGGAACAAGGAGGGCGUGAUCCUCAAGGCGCCGGGCGACGCGUCCCCGGAGUCCACGCCGUUCCGCGUGUUCCUGCGCGAGGGCGGCGAGAGCGAGUACCGUCAGGUGGGUCAGAUGGCGCGGCGCCCAACGCCGUCGGACAUCGAACAAGUGGUGUACAACGCGGCCGCGGCGAGCAGCACCGUCGUCAAGGCUGCGAAGGGCAUCUCCUCGCUGUUCGGACGGAAGAAAGACGACAAGUAG